AUGAAUAGUGACGACGAAAGUAUAGACGGUGAAAUUCUGGAAAAGCAGUACGAGAUAAUAAAAUGUGCUAAACAUCAAGAUUUUAUAAGGCUUCAAAUAUUAAUACAACCAUAUAUUUUGAGCAAUGAUAUUGAAAUGUUAAACCAGAUAAACAUAUUACAUUGGUCAUGUUAUUGUGGAUUUACUGAAUUAGUAAAAAAAUUAAUUAAUUUAAAUUGUGACAUCGAAAAAGAGGAUUUAGUAAAUAGCGACACAGCUAUUUAUUAUGCUAUUAAAAAUAGUAAUUACGAAAUAGUAUUAUUAUUAAUAAAGCAAUUUGGUAUUUCUAUAAUGUUCCAUAAAAAUCGAAGGAAAAUGAGUCCUUUUUUAACUGCUAUAAGUGAAUAUAAUGAAGAUAAAAUAUUAGAAACAUUACAUAUUUUAGAACUAUUAUAUAUGAAUGGAGCUAGUUUAGAAGAACAAAAUGAACAUGGUCAAACUGCCUUAUUUUUAAGUGUAAAAAAAAAUAAUAUAAGUACAUUACAAUGGUUAUUAAGUAAAAAUGUAAAUAUAAACCACCGAGACUUUUACGGAAAUACUAUUUUACAUAUAGCUGUUCGCUAUUGUGAUAUAGACAUCCUUAGAUUGUUAUGUGACUAUGGUUGUUUAAAUUUGGUGUACUACUCCUCCUCUAUUCAAAAUAAAAAUACAAAUGUAUUUCAGUUGUGUAUAAAAAAUAGGCAUUUCUUAGUAUAUAUAUUACUUAAAAAAUGGGUCAUACAAAACAAAAUAUGUAAAGGCUUAAAAAUAUGUAAAACCGUUUAUGCCUUCUAUUUCUGGUUUUUCGCUAUACUAAAUUUAAUUAUUUACAUUAAUAUAACACAAUCUUUUUUCCAAAUAAAAAAAUAUCACACAAAAGCAAUUACAUGGAUAACUAUAUGGCUAUUCCAACAAUUUUUGUGGUGUAUUUUAUAUUUUAAAAAUCCAGGAUUUUAUAAAGAAAACAGUAUAUUUAAAAAGAGAAUUAAACAUAAUUCUAAUUAUAUUUAUGAUGGAACUUUUAAAAGAAAAGCAGAAUAUCAGUUAAACAAUAUUGAAAAAGAAAUAUUUCAAAUAAAUAAGCAAAUUGUCUCCUCGAAUAUUGACCCCACUAAGAUGUUUAAUGCAAAUAACACAGAAUUGACCAAGUACAACGAAAUGCUAAUGAACUUAGAAUGUCAAAAGUUUUCCUUAUAUCCCCAAGUAUCUCAGGAGAGAAUUACCUCACUGGAUGUCGAUUACAGGAACGCCAUACUCUACAAUCAAAAUCCACGGAAUGUGUGCGUUACCUGCAAUAUUGUCAAGCCACCUAGGGUUCAUCACUGCGCUGACUGCUUUCACUGCAUAAUACAUCAAGAUCACCACUGUGUAUGGGUUGACAACUGCAUAGGGAUAAAUAACCAGCGUUGUUUCUAUAUGUUCAUAUUUUCAGUAUUUAUAUUACUAUUAUAUAAUUAUUAUUACGUUUUUUUGUAUUUCCACCUAUUUCACAGAGCUGUAAAUUAUGUUUUCGCUUCGUUGGUUAUUCUUUGCAAUUUCAUUAACUUAACCCUUUUCGCAUUUAUUACUUAUUUGUUUACACGUAACACAAGGACUAUAUUAACGAAUAUAACCUUUUACGAGCAUUUCAAAAGACCAAGUCAUAUAACAGACAAAUACAAUACCGAGUUAAGAUGCUGGGAAUUCCAAAAUUUAAACCUCAAACAAAUAAUGAAAAAUAUUUAUUAUUUUUGGUCAUUAAAUUACGAUGAGCCCUACCUAAGACAGGGGAAAAAAUCGUCAAACGAUAUUUAUUAUACGCUUAUUUCAGACAGCUUAUAA